AAAAACAGUGAGACAAAAUAUAUUUUUCAUGGUAGGGUCAAAAUCUUAUCAAGACAGAUGAUUUUGUCCGCACAAUCUAUUUCCUCUUCUUUUGUGGGACCCUUAAAGAUUUUAUGUCACAUAGCGUCUCUAUAUAACAACAUCACCUCUAAUCCCCUCUUAAGUCUACCUUCUCCUCUCUCUCUCAACCUCUCUUUUCUCUCCUUUUCCUAUCUUCAUUUUCACCCUCUUAACUUUCACUAGCUAGGUUUCUCAAACAACCUUAAUACCUCAGAGGGCUACCACAUUGUCUUCUUUUCCCAUAAGAACAUGAAAGAGAGUGGCAGAAAACAAGGUACCAUGUCGCCAUGUGCGGCAUGCAAGCUUCUUCGAAGGAGGUGCACCAGGGAUUGUGUCUUUGCUCCUUAUUUUCCUGCUCAUGAACCCCAGAAGUUUGGUAGUGUCCACAAGGUUUUCGGGGCUAGCAAUGUCAACAAAAUGCUACAGGAAUUACCUGAGCACCAAAGAAGUGAUGCAGUAAGUUCAAUGGUGUAUGAAGCAAAUGCAAGAGUGAGGGACCCUGUGUAUGGAUGUGUGGGAGCCAUUUCCUCUCUGCAACAACAAGUUGAUGAGCUCCAAACCCAAUUGGCACUGGCAAAAGCAGAGGUUGUUCACAUGAGAAUGAGCCAAUUCUCACCACCAUCAUCGGAUCAACACCACCACCACCACCACCACCAAGCCUCCCUAAUGCCUCAUGAACCCUCCAAUUCAUCAUCAGAAAACAUGUUCCAAUCUAGCAGGCUCUUGUCUUCACAAACCAAGUCCCUUUUUGGCAUGGACAUGGUCGUUGACCAGACCAUCAUGGGGCAAUCUUUGUGGUCAUACUAGAUUGUUUUUCAUGCCAUGUUCAUUUUCCUGUUGUCAUUAUUACAUUAUCACGGGUUUGCUUUAUUGUUUCCCUCACUAUCAUAUAUAUAUAUUUACCUUAGUCUCUUUUCAUGACUGAAAGGACAUCCAUCUAUCUCUCUGCAUUACCAAGAGAUGAUGAUGAUGAUUAGUUAGUCCUAGUGUAAAUGUCUAAACUUGUAAUUAUUAUGAGUAAUCAUAUCAUUAGUAUUAAGUUGACUAUACUUUUUCACCUCUUCUUCACUAUCUAUCUCACCCUUUUCUUCCAAACAUCAUCAUUU